AUGCUUCUCGAUUCGUUUCUCUCCACUUUUCUCAAUCUUCUCAACACGCUAUGGAAUCCUCCUCCACUUUUACCCAUCACUGUCAACAGCAGCAGCAUGGCAUCAUCAUUUACUGGUGGUAGGAUUGAUGACCAAACGCCACCACAACUUGUCUAUCAAUUUCUCUCCAAUGCUUCCUUCUUUCCGAAUUCAUGGAUGGAUACCAUGUUCUCAUCAUACCAUCAGGACCUCUCUCCAAGUCAUCAUGGACUCUCUCACAUCAUCAUGAUGCCAUUUCUGAAUGCUCUCUACUCUGUGACUGCUGAAUUGAAUUCAACCAAUGUACCAACGAAUUCUUCUCCUAUUUGUGACUAUCGAUUGUUCAAAUUAGGACCUCUCUCGAGAGAAGGUUAUAACGCAAGUGUCAUUAAUAAUAUAUGUCCUGAUUCGAUAUUCACACCCAUUGUAUCAGGAGUGUUUUUAUUGAUCUAUUUGAGUGUGGUUUUGAUGGGAUUGUUGGGAGUGAUGUGGAAACGAAAAAGUGGACAUGUGAAAGCGAGAAAUCCGGUGUGUAUGAUUUUGACCAUUUUGGCCAGUUUGUUUUUUGUGACGUUUAAUUGUUUGCGAUUUAUUGUGGGUCGAAAAAUCUUUCCUUGUAUUCUAUAUACCAUAUCUUUCUUUGUUAUUCCUCCAGCGAUUGGAUUACCAAUGAUCGUGAGAUGCAUUCGAAUAUUCUUCAUGUACAAGUUGAGUACUCAAAAAACGACCAUCUACGAAGGAAAGAGAAAAUCUUCCAAGCCACCGAUCGAUGCAUCCACAAGUCAGACCGACUCACGCACACAAAUGAAUUCCCUCAAACCAACAACCAUCGCAGCAACAACAUCUUCAUUGACCACGCCCACAAUGAUCAAUGGUCUUAAUUCCAUUCUAACCAUGGAGAAUUCAUUAGAGAAAACUACUUGUAACAACAAUGAUGGAGAAACAGCAACACUCUCUGAGAAAUCCUCUCAAAUCCAACAUGAGCAAAACUAUCCUCAUGUCGUUGUAGCCGCAACACCAACCAGUGAUGUCAUGAUGAGCGUGAUGACCAACUCGAACAAUUUUGAUACUACGACGACGACGACGACUAGUACCACUGCCACAACCACGACGACGACGAAUAUGAUUCAUGUGGAAAUGAAAGACAUUUCCAUCGAUCAUCAUCCUAAUGACACAUCCUCUAAUAAGGAUACUAACAGAGAUACUGCAGAAACAAAAUAUGAGGAUACUGAACCCAUGGAUGAAGACUCUCGUUCAUGGUUUACCGCCGAACUCGAAUCAGAAAUUUCACAGAAUAAUGUUGAAAUGAAAAAAUUGAAAUUCUAUAGAGCAUUAGUGAGCUACAAGUUUAUACUCGCCCUUUAUGCCAUUCUAUUUUUUGUUCAUUUGGCUAUUUGGGCAAUUUUUGGAGCAGCUGAUGAAGCAGUUUAUCAACAAAGUGGAAAGCAUGUAUUCUUAUGGAAUGUUGGAAUGUUUGUUUUUGACACAGGAUGCGUCACAAACACAAAUACUGUAUUCUUGUUAGCUGCAGAAGCUUUCUUUUAUAUUAUUGUUGAAAUUGUUUUUAUUAUCAUGUUAUUCUUUGCAGAUAGAGAUACAUGGGGAAUCAAGAAAGAGACUUUUGUUUUAUUAAUCAUUCAAAUUUGCACUGCAUUGGCUUAUUUAAUUUGUGGACAAAUUGAAGGAAUACGUUUCUUGACAGAUUACUUUGUUCCAUAUGGAUUUACUUUAUUAACCUAUUCACUUGUUGAAGUUUUCAUAUCUGUGGUGUUGCCAGUGUGUUAUGCAAUUUCACAUGACAGAAAGGAAAAAGCGACCUAUGCCGAGAGUGAAGUGGAAUUACUCUUGAAGAAUAAGAAGGCUUUUGCUUUAUUACUCGAUUUUGCCACACGAAGUUAUUGUUCUGAAGAUAUCUUGGCUUAUCAAGAUUUUGAAAAAUACAAAAAGAUGUCCAGUAGAAACCGAAAGAAACUUGCUCUCACCCUGUUGAACAAGUACUUGAAAUCAGGAGCUCCUCUUGAAUUGAACAUUUCUGGUUUGGAUCAAAAACGUGCCAUUUUAGAAAAAAUAAUUUCUGAUCUUCCAGUACCUCCACGAGAUUUAUUUGAGGAAAUUAAGAUAUUAUGUCUGAAUAAUAUGAUUGAUGUUUUUGAGAGGCUGAAAGCUAGUAAUAUGGAAGUACGAGAAAUGGUUUCGAAUUACAAGAGAGUCUCUCGAACCGAACCCAAAGUACAGAACUCAGAUUAA